CAGCGGUCGGCAUUGAAAAUGAGGGAGCUCCUUUUUUUCUGGAGCGGAAAACGGCGAGACGCGUUAUAGUGUCAGUUGCUGUCAAAGUGAGGGUGGGCCUGAGCGCUCCCAGCGACUACUCAAAACAUUUCGACAACGGACACUUUCUCACCGGAACUUCGCUGCAUAUAGCCUGCACUCACCCUCGUCACAAACCUCCAUAACCCCACUUCCAGACCGAAAAUGGCUUCACUACCAACCGGCCUCAACCUGGAUGAGAAGAGCAAAGCCGAACUCAUGACAUUCGUCGAGAACGAGCAGCGCCGGGCAAACUUCCAAGCAACAGUACACCAAUACACGGACACAUGCUGGGACAAAUGCAUCACGAAAGUGAAGGCCACAACGGAUAAGUCUGAUGAAGUAUGCUUAACGAACUGCGUCGACCGAUUCUUAGAUAGCACCAUCUUGCUCCUCAACUCGCUGGGAGCCCAGCAGCAGCGUUGAUAGAGCUUGUUAGUCUAGAAGAUAGACGUAGAAUUCUGGCGUCGCUAAGUCGUGCCAUAUCGGCUCUUCGGCACUGCCAUCAGUCUGCGGAGCGGCCAGGUCUUUUGGCUUGGACGACCAGAAACACGUCCGAGUUGGUGCAAAAGACUUUCCACCACUCCGCGUCCCCGUCCGACCUAUUCCCAGCCUGGCAUCACACAAAGUGGUGACAUUCUUGGUAAUGGUAUCGCCGUGAAGUUCCGUGCCAGCGCUUUUGUCGCAGGCCGUGUCCUGAAGGGUCCUUGGAUGUGCCUUUGACAUCGUUGGUAACCCUUGCGAUAUCGUGGUAUACGGCUGCUGUCGCUGGAAAUGGUAAAUGCGUCUUGCAAGUGG